GUGUUAACUGGUGUCAGAUUUUCCAGUGAAAAAUAUUUUGAGUUGCACAGUGUUGGACUCGGUGUUGUUCUGAGCACCUGCCGUGUUGGAACAGCUCUGGGGGCGGUGCUACGUGAGAGAGUUGAACGCAAACUCGGAGUGAGAGUUGGUCCAACAUCCGGUCUCUGACGGCGGUUUUUCCUCCUCAAUUCGCAUGGCGAGACGACAAGUCGGAUAUUUCGAAUACACUAAAAACGCUCCUGUGAUGUGCCAUCAUGUUGCUGAAAGUUAAAUACGAGAGUACUAAGAAGUACGUCAGAUUACAGGCAGGUUUCACCUAUCGGGAAUUCAUCAGUGAAGUCAAAAGUAAGUUUGGGCUUCCUGAUUCAGCUGAACUUCAGGUUUUUGAUGAAUCUGACACAGCAGUGGAGGAGGAUGUUCUUCUUGAACUGAUAGAAGCCAGUCCGAACAUAUGCCUGACUGUAUGUGACAGCUUAUUGGGAGUUUUCUCUCCUUUAGAUCAUUCAACACCAUCUUCCCUCACUGAUACCAUCUCUCUGUCAUCAAGUGACACUGAUCUUCACAAAGAGUUAAGUAUUCCCACUGUCGGAAAUGGAUCGAGGUCUGAGGUCAGAAACAGAUCUACUACAGAGGUUUCCGAGUCCGAGGCUGCAAAAGAGAUGGUAGAAAAUGCCUUGCGUGUAAAGCCUGGCGGUGAGGAUGUUCUCGGAGAGUAUCAGUCAAACAAUUCACUGACACAUCGUACCCGGAGGCAACUUGUCAACAUAUUGGCUAGCCAUAUGACUGAGAACCAUGGGAGGAUUCCUUCGCGCAAGCAUAAGGAGAAGUAUGCCCUGGGAAUCGUGACACUUUUUCCUUCACUCAAAGAUCCUUUUUCUCCAAAGGGCUAUGAGCACUUUUAUGAUGGGGAAAAAGGCACAGGAUAUUUAGCAUGGCGCCUCAAGACCAUGUCAAGGAAAAGAUGUCAAAGGCCAGCGAAGGUAACGACGGUGGUACAAGAACAAGGACCAAAGCGCAGAAGAACAUCUGCCACACUGCCUCAGCAGCUUCAUGGAGAUACCUGCAAAGAGGCAAUAUCAUUUCUCCUUCACUGCAAUGAUGAUGGAAGUGUAUUUGAGAAGAUGAAGAUGACCUUUCAACAUCGCCAGGACCUGGUUUAUGACCCACAAAGAACAACAGAUAUCUUCAAAACCUUUCCACGAUUUUUAGAUGUCAAAGGACUUCUAAACCAAGACUUUGUACUGCUGUUUGGAGUGGAAACGGCCGCCAAGAUGCUUGAGAAGUGGGACACAGCAUUCAAGCCCAAGGUUAUUGAAGAGGCAAAACAUCUGACUCAGACAACUGAAGUGUGUCAACUUCUGAAAGCUGCUGAAAAACUUGCGGUCAAUGAUGACACCAACUGGGACAGUGACAUGGCUUCUCUGCUGCUGCUUCUCCAUCUUCUGCCACCCACUGCUGGUCGGAAAAGGAUCAAAAUAAGUCCCAGUGAUGCUGUUGGAAAAAUGGUCCACUUUCAUAAGUCAUGCUGCAGCAUUGAAGAACACUUGCGAGAACGAGAGGGUAAACAACCAUACAUCCUUGCUGUUGGCCGAACCAAGAUCAACAUUGAAACUUUCUACAUUGUCGUGGACAAACAGCUCAUUCCCUGCCAAGCCACCAGCUCUUUGGGUGCUUUCGAUGAACUGUUUAAAUCCCACUACGUUUUCAACCUGUCCUAUGAUGAGUCCCUGAGCCCACUGUACACUUUUGUGCAGACAACCAUCUAUAAUAUCGAUGCGACAACAACAGAUGAAUCUCCAAGAGUUCGUGAGUUUCGGGCUAAACUCUUCAACUAGGUUUGAAAAAUGUUGAAAUGUUUCAUUUGUCAGGCUGAACAUGUGGCCAGCAAGUCUUUGAUAACCCAUUUAAGACUUGAUCACAGUUUCUAUCCAAGCACCAGGUUUAAGUUGACUUGUGUUCAAGAUCGUUGUAGGAGGCAAUUUUCAACAUAUUCAGGCUUCAAAAAACAUCUAGCAACUGUUCAUGAAAAUAUUUCUCAGAGUGGUGUUUCUACAAGUUCAGUGUCCUUUCAGACUGAUGAUCUUGAAGAUGUUAGUGGGUCAGAUGUGGUGAUGAGUCAAGAGGCUGGAUGUUCUGAGAAUAGUGGGUCAAGUCUUCACAAGAACAAUGUUAAUCAUAUUUGUGCUUCACUUAUUGCAAAACUCCAAGGAAGUGGGGUGGCAAAUAGUGUUGUCUCAACAAUUGUUAAUGAUUUAGAGGAACUUGCAACCGGGCUUCACUCCCAAGUCAAAGAUGAUAUAUUGUCUGUUUUGCCUCAAGAUAAUCCUGCAAGAUCUACAUUAGAAGAAUCCCUGAACAGUUUUGAAAACCCAUUUCAUGACUUCAAUACAGAAACUAAAAGAAUGAAAUACUUCAAAGAAAAAUGGGGGCUUGUGGAACCUGUAGAAGUAAUGUUAGGUGUUCGAUUCGAUUCGAGGAGAAAUAAACAAACAGGCACUUAUGAUCAAGUUCCAGUGAAAGACACCUUUAUUUACAUUCCAAUUUUGGAAACAAUAAAGUUUAUGUGUCGCAAUUCGGAUAUCUGUAAGCUGCUAGGGGAACCACAUGCAUCAAAAGCCAACAUUUUAGAGGAUUUGUGUGAUGGAAGUUACUGUAAGACACAUCCAUUAUUCUCCAACCAACCAACCUCUUUACAAAUUCAGUUGUACUACGAUGACUUCGAAACCGCCAACCCGCUGGGUUCAAAACGCAGUGUACACAAAGUAGGUGCUUUCUAUUUUGUCCUAAGAAAUCUGCCACCAAAGUUUAACUCUAUUCUGAUGAACAUACAUUUGGUUGCACUGUUUCAUACAGAGGAUAUUAAAAAAUAUGGAUUUGAUGCUAUUCUACAACCACUGAUAGAUGACAUCAAGACACUGGAGUCCCAUGGCCUCGAUUUACCGUUCUCCACUGAAAAAGUCUAUGGCACUAUAUGUCAGAUAACUGGGGACAACUUGGGGAUGCAUGCAAUUAUGGGUUUUACAGAGUCUUUUAGUGGACGCCAUUUCUGUCGUUUGUGUUUGAUUGAUAAAGAUGAUGCCCAGAAUGUUCAUCACGAGGAUGACCCCAGGAUAGUUUUGCGAGGAAAGGAUAUUUUUGAAAUGCAUUGCAGUGAGUUGCAUUCAGAUCCACAGAGGUUAUCAGUGUUUGGUUUAAAGCACAAAUCAUCCUUAAAUAGCCUGCAGUUCUUUCAUGUUUGCCACAAUUUUUCUUUGGACAUAAUGCACGACAUUCUCGAGGGAGUGGCUCAGUACGAGAUAAAGUUACUGAUGGAAUAUCUCUCUGAAAACAUUUUGUCGAAACCUGAUCUACUGUCAAGAAUUUAUGCUUUUGACUAUGGAUACCUGGAACGCAAAAAUCGUCCGACCAGGAUCACUAUGGACAGUAGUGGCAAUAAUAUAGGACUCAAUGCAAUCCAAACUCUUUGCCUUGUAAGAAACAUUCCUUUGAUUUUUGGCGAUAUUGUGCCUCAAGGAAACAAAAACUGGACCUUGCUGCUUCUGUUGCUGCAGAUAAUUAACAUAAUA